AUGACUUCAGUCACGACUGCUAUCGAGCUACCUACAAGCACGGCUCCAAGUCCAGCAUGGAGUUUGCGCAAUACCAGCCCUAGCAAACCCCAGCCAUCCAAGACUUCUACCGUUGCCGAUCAAGUCCUCGAAGCCUCGCGAGAGGCUGAUUUGACGGCCCCUGAAGGCGGCUACGGCUGGGUGAUUGUAGCCAGUGGCUUUGUCCUACUUUGGUGGUCCCUUGGCACAACAUAUGCUUGGGGUGUGAUGCAGACCGCCUUGGUCGCUGAUGGCUUGGCUGAUCCCGCCGUGCUCUCCUUCGUCGGGUCGCUGCAGGCGGCGCUGAUAUCGGCUCUAGCAAUUGCUAACUCCAUGCUUGUGCGGAAGACGGGAGUUCGUGCUGCAGCAAUGCUAGGUGCAGCAUGCAUGGGUGGAAGCGAGAUUCUCAGCAGCUUCACGGUCAAAAAUGUUGGGGCGCUGUUUUUCACAUCUGGGGUGGUGAUGGGGAUAGGUGUCAGUCUUUGUUUCGCUGUCAUCUCUACGGUUCCAUCACAAUAUUUUAGCACCAAACGGGGACUGGCCAAUGGCUUCAUGUUCGCUGGAAGCGGUUUCGGAGGCGCGGCAAUCAGCUUUGCGUUGGACUCGUUGAUCCAAAGGCUUGGUGUUGCAUGGGCAUAUCGCAUCCUAGGCCUCAUGACACUUUCAACGGGCCUCCCGGCUGCGUGGCUUAUGAAAGAGAGGAUCCCAGUUGAGAGACGGGAGUUUAUCGAGUGGAAAUUAUUUAAAUCUCCCACGUUCGUGCUUGUAUUUAUAGGAAGUGCCAUAGGGACCUUCCCUCUGUUUGUUCCACCAUUUUUUAUUCCCCUAUACACGAGAUCCCUAGGCUUCUCUACCGACGUUGGCGCUGGCUUGGUUGCUGGUUUUAGUCUAUCUUCCGCAGCUGGCCGUAUUUUAUCUGGUUUUGCAUCCGAUAAAAUCGGUUCCAUCAACACCGUACUCGCGUCUCUGAUCUUGACUGCUGUCACUAUGCUGGCAAUUUGGCCAACAUCCACGGCGCUGGCGCCACUGAUCGUCUUCGUCGUUGUCAACGGUGCUGCUAAUGGAGCUUUCUUCUCCACAAUGCCGACAGCGAUCAGUAAGGUGUUUGGAAGUGCCAGAGUGGCUGUCGCCAUGAGCAUGGUGGUGACUGGUUGGGUUGGCGGUUACCUUAUGGGGGCUCCAAUUGCAGGCUACAUCUUGGAGGGCUUCGGUGGUGUUGACGGCGGGUUGCAUGCAUACCGACCCGCCAUGUUCUAUGCCGGCGCACUUGCGCUUGCAUCUGGAUUCUUCAUCUUGGGCGCCCGGUUUUGUAUUAACAGGUCUCCCGUGGCUGUUGUGUAG